AUGGAUCGCCACCAUCGCUCCACUGCUCGGCAAAGCUUGAAACGGAAGCGUGAACAAAACUUGAACGAAGACCAUGGAGAUCGCAAGGUUCUUGUUGUCCCUGAUUCUCAAAAACCUUACCAAGAUUUCUCCGAUGAGAUCUUUAAACAGGUGGAACUCCUCAAUGUCUCUUUCUCACCUUCCCACUCAGAUCUCACUAUGGCAAAGACUGCGCUCAAUGCCCUCUCGGAACUGGCCAAAAACGAGGACCUUGUGGAUACUAUUGUGGACUGUGGUGCUGUCCCUGUUCUGGUGACUCAUCUUCAGGUCUUAAAGUCAGUAAGACGUGACACUGAUGCAACCAAACCUUACCGGUUUUGUGUGGAGAGAGGAUGUACCUUCGUCCUUACCUUACUUGCUGUUCAGCCAGAGCAUCAAAAACUUAUUGUAGAUGCUGGAGCCUUGCCCUAUCUUAUAGAUUUAUUAAGGAGUCACGAGACCAAUAACUUCUCUCAAGCGUUUGCUGAUCUUCUUUGGAGAGUAGCUGAUACAAUUACCAACCUUGCACAUGAAAAUGAUAGCAUUAAGACCCUUGUCAGGACGGAAGGUGGUAUUCCUCCUCUUGUCGAAUUGCUAGAAUACAAUGAUACAACGGUGCAGAGGGCAGCUGCUGGGGCCUUGCGAACUCUUGCAUUUAAAAAUGUUGACAAUAAAAACCAGAUUAUUGAAUGCGAUGCGUUACCAACUCUUGUUCUAAUGCUUCAAUCAGAAGACCCGACAAUACACCACGAAGCGGUUGGCGUGAUUGGAAAUUUGGUCCACUCUUCGCCAAAUCUUAAGAAAGACGUUCUUCAAGCUGGGGCUUUACAACCUGUCAUUUCGUUACUUAGUUCCUCCUGUUCGGAGAGCCAAAGAGAAGCAGCUCUUUUACUCGGUCAAUUUGCUUCAACAGAUUCAGAUUGCAAGGUUCACAUUGCCCAAAGAGGGGCUAUUCAACCAUUAGUUAACAUGCUUAAGUCCCCCGAUAAACAGCUUAGGGAAAUGUCGGCUUUUGCGCUUGGGAGAUUGGCGCAGGAUUCACACAAUCAAGCUGGUAUUGCUCAUAGUGGAGGUCUAGAGCCGCUAUUAAAUCUUCUUGGUUCAACGAAUGUGCAUCUCCAACAUAAUGCAGCUUUUGCUCUCUAUGGUCUUGCUGAUAAUGAGGACAAUGUUACAUAUAUUAUCAAGGCUGGAGGUUUACAAAAACUACAAGAUGGAUUUUUCAGAACUCAGCCUACUAAAGAGUGUGUGGCAAAGAUCUUAAAAAGAUUAGGGGAGAAGAUGCAAGGGCGAGUACUGAAACACCUGUUACAUCUAAUGCACUUUGCAGAAAAGGAUGUUCAAAGGCGUAUAGCUCUUUCUCUUGCUCAUUUGUGUUUCCCUGAUGAUCGAAAAACUAUUUUCGUUGACAAUAAUGGAUUAGAAUUGCUGCUGGAUCUUCUUGAGUCUACAAACCUAAAGCAGAAGGGUGAUGGUUCAGUGGCGCUUCAUAAGUUGGCUACCAGAGGCACGUCUGUCUCUCUCGAUGAUGCUGCUACUCCAACACCAACUCGCCAGGUGCAUUUGGACGAGCAAUAUGUAAACAAUCCUGACCUUUCUGAUGUCACCUUCUUGGUUGAAGGUAAAAGGUUUUAUGCUCAUAGAGUUUGUUUACUGGCUUAUGAUAUAUUUCGCGCAAUGUUGGAUGGUGGUUACCGGGAAAGGGAAGCCAAAGAGAUCGAGAUUCCAAAUAUUAAAUGGGAUGUAUUUGAGUUGAUGAUGAGAUUUAUAUACGCUGGAACAGUAGAUGUCAAUUUGGAUACUGCUCAGGAUCUCCUCAGAGCUGCAGAUCAGUAUCUUCUAGACGAUCUUAAGCGUCUUUGUGAACAUGCUAUUUCUCAGGAUAUUACUGUGAAAAAUGUUUCACUAAUGUACGAUAUAUCAGAGGCAUUCAAUGCUACAUCGUUAAAACAUGCAUGCGUACUCUUUGUGUUGGCGCACUUUGAUGAACUGAGUACCAAACCAUGGUAUUGCCUCCUUCUUCGUUGCAUUGUACCAAGCAUGCGCAAAUUCUUCACAACUUUACUUACCAAGCCUUAUCCAGCUGACUCGUGA